CGAGACAGAAGGGGAGGGCGAGAGUUAGGUAUGAUUUCAUUACUGUUAAAGUAUGAACGCCGCAACGUCAAUCCGCGAGACUAUAUGAAAUUGAACUAUGUACCGUUGAACGGUGCUCUCUUCAUCAAAACUGUCGAACUUCUAUUAAUGCUGGUGUAUAGUGAAGGACCAUCAUUAAUUUCCACAUUAACGGUUCAGCGUGUUCGGUAUGGACGGCUCUUGCAUUUGGUAGGGCAGGUCUGGGUCGGUGUCUUAAAUGGCAAAUAUCAGAAUAUUGUCGAGUGA